AACCAUUCUUCUUUGUGAGCUUCAUUCCAAUGGAGGCUGAUGAUGAGAAAAAACCACUCUAUGCUUCUCCAACAUCAUCACCUCCAACACCUCCUUCACCACUUCCCAUCAGCGUUGGACCCGGCAACCAAAAGUACCUAUUCUCGCCGUCUCCAUCUCCCUCGCCGCCUUUCUCCCCUCCCUCGAGCCACACGUCUGCCGAGAAUCUGCUCCCUCUUCUCCUCCCUGAGAAGCUGCAUCCUAGUCCUAAAAUGCCAUCGUCAACAUUUUCCUUGGAUUAUAGUAGACCGCCACCGGAUCAUUUGGAGUCCAGGAGCUCCUGCCUUACUGACUUGUUAGAGUGGUUUAUAGAGAGAUGCUGCAACUGCUGUACCAAGUCUCCCUAUCAACUAGAAAACAGAUCCUCAUCAGGAGCAGCACUCAAAGUGUGAUUGAUAUUAUUCCCUUGUUGGUUUUGGUAGAGAUUCAAAGUGCAAGUGAUCACUACUAAUUUACAUGAUAUGAUGUGCUAACCUCAUAAUUAACUAGGCCUCUUUUGCCUCACAUGAUUUUUCAAGUACCCUUCUGUGUCAACUUAUGAGUGUAACCUUUCAAAGUGAAUGACUGAUGUUGUAACCAUUUAUUCUUUGUACAUUCACAGCAUUGUCUACAAUUCAUUUCAAAGAUUUUCCUGUGAACUACAGAGAGACACUGUACUGAGAUUCCACUUUUGUUUUCCUAUUAGAUUGCUGGACUAAAACUAUAAAAUUGUGUACCCCAAGAAACCCUUCAAGAAAAAUUGUAUCCCUUUCAUAAUCUAUACUGAAUAGGGGCACGACGUUUCAACUUUAUGUAAAAUUUGUGUCAUUUUUCGUACCCAUCGUGGUGAAGAAUUUGAAGAUUAAGAUAUCAUCAAAAUAGUAUUUGUAAUUAAACUCGAUUUGUGAACUUCAUAAAUACGGUCGUAUUCUAUCAAUUAUAUUUUUGAUUUAGUGUGAUUUCUAUCA